ACCGGCCGUGUAUUUAGCUGUAGAGGUCAAGUUUUCUGUUGGAACGACCAUGUAUAUGUGUGGUUGUGUGUUUAGACAUAGCUAGCUAGCUCUAGAUGUCUAGUCUAUGGCUCAGAUGAAUUCUAAUAUCCCUCCAGCUCCAGGCCCAAGCUACCCCUUUCUACAUAACUGUCUUACCUGUGGUCAUAGUUUCCGCUCAGAACUGGCCUUGUUUGACCACAACUUGACGAGGGAACAUCAAGCGGCAAUUGAGAAGAAGGAGGAUGAUCGAAGGCAUCCGGUAUCACCACCUGUACACAGCAGACCCGCCUCCAGAGAUCAAACCUCCUCGUCAUCAUCGUCAAAACGAUCAGGAAUAAAGAAGCGAUCGAAACACAGACACCAUAAAAAUCGUUAUUUUAACACUCAACACCAUAAUUCAGACAAACAUCAUACCACUCUAACUCCCCACACACCCUUCAACCAUUCCACUCCUGAACCGUCUUAUCAAGGCUCUGAACUUCACAAUUCUCGAGCUGCACAGUUUCACACUCAUAAUAGUGAUCAUCCAAUGUCACGUAAGCAUUCUUGCUCUUCUGUAGAGUCUUCUACAUCUAAUAGUAGUAUUCCAGGCAUACAGUAUACUAAUGAUGAUGAACGUAGAAGGUCUAAGAAACGAAAGUGGAGCCAUCGCGAAAAAUUGAGAUCUACCACGCCACCACUUCCAAAACACCAAGCCGCUGGCAGUCGAAAGCCCUACUGGCACAAUUCAUUUGGUGGCCACUUCGCCCUACCAGAAGUGAUGAGAAAUAUUAAAUCAGGUGAUCCUCCAGUGCAUACAUGUAUAAAAGGUGAAGAUGUUGUCAGUAAUGUGAACGCCAUAGAGACCUCGUCCGUCAGUUCAGGCGAUUUCAGUGAAUUUGGUUGUGAGGUGACACACACCAAGAACGAAGAAGCGAAGAACCAAUCUGCAACGAGCAGUAAGAGGCCAUAUUCACCCGUCAGUGAUGAUGAAUCUACGUGUGUAAAGAGUUCUAACCGGGCCCAAACUGAAAAUAGCUCCACUAAUUUCAGUUUGAAUGAUCUUAUACCUCCUAGUGAAACUUUCCCCACCAUACAUGUCGGUCACCAGACCGGAGUUCAUCCUGUUUGUACAUCUGCUACUACUGCUACGGAAAUACAUGUACAUUUACCUGUGUGUACAGCAACUGCUGACAGUCUUAUUUGUGGUGGAACUAUUGCUUGUACGAGUGCUGCUCCAAUCGUAAGAACUACCGAUACCAGUUUCACUGUAAAUUCACCAUGUAUCAAUUUUCCAGCAAAAAAUUGUGAGACUGAGAAACCUUUGACAGCUGUGGUAACUAGUGUCAAUGAGACUGCUAAUUUAAAACCUGCUGUGUGUUCACCUGCUAGUAAGGGACGUGCGAAACCAUCCUGUGGAAGCAAAAUCUCAAAACAAAAAUCACCCGUCCGCAAUAAACACUCAAGCUCACCCAAGAAACAUAAAUCAACUAAUUCUCCAAUUUUGAAUAAGACGGGAAAAGUGAAGAACCUUAUGAGUAAAGUGAUGGAGAAUUCGUUACUCGUCCCUCUUAGCAACCCUCGCACACCACAGAUACGUCUACCUGAUAUCCCUUUAAUAGGAAUGGAGCACUCUUUUCAACCAUUUUCAUCGUUUGCAGCUGAACAAAGUGCUUUUCAACCGAAAAUAUCGACUGUUGAAUCAGCAAAAGAUCAUGUGCUCUCUCAACUUGUUGGAGCUGUGAUGAGCUCACCCUCUUCUACCAGUUCCCUAUUACCUUCGAAAAUGUGUACAACCUCGUGCAGUGCAGCUACUCUCUCUUUGUUACAGCCUGAUGUACUGAAGCAACUGUCUGGGCUAAGCAGUCCCUCUGUGAAUGGCUUGUCUACUCCAGGAAAGACUCUGAAAGAAGAACUGACCGAUCCAUCAGCUAAUGAAAAGUCUGUUCCAGCUAAUUGUUCGUUACUAUCUGCUCUCGACUCUACAGAGGAUAUUCAACCACAGUUAAAGCAAGAAGAAUCGUCUGGCUUUAUAGUUAAAUCUGAGCCUUCAGACUUUGUAUUGGACCACACCCAUACCACACCUCCCUGUACAAGUCCACUGCCCUUAUCGAAUGUCCCUCCCCCUCAUACUGCGACCACUCAGUCCACUGUCUCCCAGCGCUCGAUCACCACUCUCUCUGACAGUAAUAAUAGGCCCAUCUUGUUUGGAGACCCUCAACACUCAAAGAAUAAUCCAACCAAAUUAGUAGACUCUGGAUCUCGUACUGAUUUAACAAAUAGAAAUGCUGAAAUUUCAUUGUCUAAUAAGCCGAAGAACAGAAAGCGCCCCAGAAAAAAUUCGCAACAAACCCACAAAAAGAAAUCAAGUUGUCCUACUCAAGACAAACAGAGAAGCAGUAGCAAUGGUGAUGCAAACAACCAUGAUGCAGCUCAAAGUGGGCCUAAAGGUGGUUGCCAAAACGAUUUGAACACGUCAAAUGACGUGGGCUCAAAAAAGAAGCCGCAACUAAAGGAUGGUACUAAAUCCCCAACUGCAAAGAAGGCAAAGUUGGGUGAUAGGAGUCCUACACCUAGUAGUGGUGGUGACCUCAGCCUGCUCAGCAGCUCAGUGGAAGCUCUGAACAAUCAAGAGAAAAAAAUUCAAGAAGACUUGAUUGCCUUGCAGAAGUCAAAAUCUGAGAUUUCAUUGUUGAAAAUUGAGCAGACAAAGACCCUUGAAGAGCUGGAAACGGAGCUUCAAAAGCUGCAACACGAGCUCGCCACUGUCAUGGCAAACGUUAUUGCGAAAGAGAAAGCUCUGUCUGAUCAGAAUAAAGUCAUUGAGAAUACAAAGAAUAUAGAAGAGGAUUUAGCCAAAAAAGAAAAACGUCUGGCCCAGAGCUAUAAGAAUGUUUUGAAACGAAAAGAAGACUUUUUCCUACCAAAUGCUUCAACUACAAAACAACCAAAUCCCAAAUACAAGUCGAAUCCUAAUGCUGUGAAUGACAAGCCGAAACCUUGUGCCAGCAACGCUCACAGAAAAAGCCAGUCGUCUGAGAAAUCUCGUACUACAUGUACUUCCAAGAAUGCGCGCAAGAAUUCCACGACUAUUAGCAAUGCACGUAGUCUCGACACUGUCGUUACCUCGUCAUGUGACACUUCCAAAACAGUUGUGACAACAUCUACAGCCGUACUCAACAAAAUAGAUCGUCUCGUAAAGUCAGUUUCCAGUGCCAAAAAAGUCCUAGCUAAUGUGAAUGGAAAAGACCAACAUGCAACCACAAAAGUCACGACUACAUGUACAUCGAGCAAUAAUAAUUGUACAAUAACAGGAGUAUCUUCCUCUCAAGUUGCUCCAACCUCCUCAAUUCAACAAAAUGAUUCAGUAGUGAGUGUUGAUAACUUGCCGACAGUCGCAACUGUAAGCAAUUCUGAGUCUAUUGUCGUUGCCGUUGACAACUCAUCGAAUCACAGCCUAACCAACACGGCACAGAACAUUAAAUCACCUGGCUUAGAUGAAGCAAGCACCUCAGAACAAGUAUCUCUUAACACUGAUACCACUCCAAGUGCUGAGUCUAUGGCGGUGGUCGACUCUCAAGGCGGUUGUGCUGACUCUGUGGAUGAUCAGAUUGGGAGUGUGAUGCUUACCCCACACAGGCAGUCAAUAUUGUGCCUCAAGGUGUGUGGAGAUUACCUGUUCUCUGGUUCCUCUGAUCACUCACUGCAUGUGUACAAACUCACUACUGGAGAGCUGGUCAUUAGACUCCCCUCCUAUCACGAGAGAGCCAUCAACUCAAUAGCUGUGUAUGAACAAGAAGGUACCCUGUACCUAAUAACGGGGUCCAGUGACAAAAUGGUGCACAUGUACAAUGUAGAGAAGCGUAAACAAGUGGCCCAGUUUAGCAUCGGAGAUCAUGUGACCUGUGUAGUAGUGACUGGGGAUCUGCUCAUAAUUGCUGUUGUCAGCGGAGGGGUAAAAAUUGUCGACCUCUCAGCAAAGAAGGAGUUUCUGAACCUAAAGCAGAUCCACAAGAGCCGCAUCAGCAACAUGUGUGUGCACCAGCACCUGCUCGUUACGGGAUCCUUUGAUAACUUAGUCUCGGUGUGGGAUAUUCGCCAGACCUUUGGUAAAGACAGGUCUGCCCUCAAGAGCGUGAAGGCACUCGCUCUACCACAAACACCUCUCUGUGUCAAGAUUCAUGGUAAUCACCUUUUUAUUGGCUGUGGUGAUGGUCAACUGUACAUUUACAGCACACAGGAUUGGACUAUGUCUCGCAAGCUAGAACACAAGACUCCUGUGACGUGUGUGGAUGUGAUGGGUGGAGUUCUCAUCACUGGCGGCUUCGACAAGCGCAUCCGUUGCUAUGACAUAAAGACAUUCCAGCUGUUGCAGCUGUACUGUUUUGAGUCACGCAUCUUCUGUGUUUGUGCAGCUAACAGCAAGAUUGUCGCUGGGUUGGAGAAUGGCUCGUUGGAAUGUGUGCAGCUGAACCUGACUAACUUCUACACCUGUGAGUGGAAGGAUUGUGAACUCAAGUUCGGAGCUCUGCAACAUUUAACCACGUAUCACUUAUCAGACCAUGUAAAUUCUGAGGAAAAACUAUCGACAAAAUGUGAAUGGAGAGAUUGCACUCAAGUUCUCAACCCAAGCGAACUGCUGGCUCACCUUAAGAAACAUGCCAGGCAAUAAGUUAAGGGCAGCCUACUAAGAGUCACUAAAACACCUUGAUGAAGUUGAUUCGUCUGAUCAUGAACUGGCAUUUGGUUGUCUAUUUUCAUGCACAGUAUCACAAGUCAUAUCAUGUAUGUCAUAAUUUUCUGUUGAUUGCUAUAUAUUCAAGUUGGUCAUAUAAUAAUAUACAAUAAUUUAUCUCCUUUAA